AUGUCAUCCCCUCCUAACCUCGAUGGCGCCCAGCCAUAUGCCACCAUGGCUGGCAAGCUCGAUUCCCGACUCCUCAAAGCCCUGGAGGUUAUGGACUUCAAGUUCAUGACUCCCGUCCAACAACGUGUUUUGACCGAACUCCCAGAUUGGCGCAGUGACUGUCUCGUCCAGGCCAAGACUGGUACCGGAAAGACCCUUGCCUUCCUUCUGCCAGCGCUGCACUGCCUCCUCCAGGGAAACAAUGCGCCACCCAGAGGUCAGGUCGCUAUCCUGAUUAUCACCCCCACCAGAGAACUCGCCCAGCAGAUUGCCAAGUCAUGCGAUCAGCUCACAUCACAAUUGUCAAAGCCCCUUGAGUGCCAUAUUGCUGUCGGUGGAACAGCUCGUGCUUCCGCUCACUCACGAUUCAUGAAGGGAGCCCCGUCAAUUCUAGUCGCAACACCAGGCCGCUUGAAGGAUUAUCUGUCCGAUGAAUACACCGCCGAGAAGAUGGCCAACAUUCAAUCGCUGAUUUUGGAUGAGGCCGAUACCAUGCUUGAGGCUGGAUUCUUGGCCGAUGUGAAGCAGAUCCUUCGUUUAGUCCCCUCAAAGAAGUCGGGCUGGCAAGGCAUGUGCUUCUCGGCCACUGUUCCACCCAAGGUCAAGGAUGUGGUCAAUGUGGUGCUGAAGGAUGGCUACACUAACAUUUCUACCAUUGAUAAGAACGAGUCACCAACACACGAAAGGGUACCCCAGUACCAUGUGGUGAUUCCAAGUGUGGCGUCCACCUUUACCACCCUCGCUACUCUUGUCAAGCUUGAGAGCCAAAAGUGCUCCAAGAUUAUUGUUUUCGGUGUUACUGCCAACAUGGUUGCUCUCUGCGCCAAGGUCUUUUCACAAGGCCUCACACCCUUGAACGUGUUUGAGAUUCACUCUCGCCUCAGCCAGAACAUCCGCACAAGAACCACCGCCCAGUUCAAGGAGGCAGCCACUGGAAUUAUGUUUGCCUCGGACGUUAUUGGCCGUGGUAUGGAUUUCCCCAACGUCGACUUGGUCAUUCAGGUCGGUUUGCCCUCCAACGGUGAACAGUAUGUUCACCGUGUUGGUCGUACAGCCCGUGCUGGUAACGAUGGCCGCGCGAUCAUCCUCCUUACCGAAGGUGAAUCUUUCUUCAUGAAGGUCAACCGUCACCUGCCCAUUAAACCCCACCCCCAAACCGAUGCAAUCCUCGCCGAGGCCCCCGCCUUCGCGGUCCCCGUCAACGAGGCUAUGUACCAGAUCGAUGAAGUCACAAAGCAACGUGCCUACUCAUCUUAUAUUGGAUUCUUCGCUGGAUCAGGUCUUCUGAAGCAGCUUCGUCUCGAUAAGGCCGGUCUUGUCCAACUUGCCAACGAGAUGGCCAUCCAAGGUAUGGCCUGCCCUGAGGCUCCUCCAAUGGACAAGAAGGUCAUUGGUAAGAUGGGUCUGAAGGGUGUUCCUGGAUUCAACUUUGGGAGCUUGGAUGAUUUGAAUGGAGGCGGCUCCGGCGGUCCUCGUGGACGUCCCAACGGCCGUCCCAAUAACAAGAAGCGCGAUGUUCUAAGCCCUGGAGGCGGCUCGCGACAAGGUGGAGUUGAGAAGUCUGGUGGUCGCGGAGGUGGCCGUGGAGGAGGCCGUGGCCGCGGAGGACGUGGUGGCCGUGGUGGCCGUGGCCGAGGCGCAUAA